AUGUCGUUCGACCCGACCUACGGAGUGAGCUUUACGUCCACAACUCACUCAAAGGCCGAAGGGCCUACACUUCCUGAGAACAACACAUCCAGCAAUUUCGUUGUCGUCGUCACCGGCGCUGGGAAAGGGCUUGGCUACAACAUCUCUCUCGCAUAUGCCAGGGCAGGGAUCUCAGGCAUUGCCAUUUCGAGCCGCACACAGGCGGAUCUAGAUAACCUAUCCGAAGAACUGAGGCAGGUGAACCCCAAGCUGGAGAUAUUGAGUUCGAUAACCGACACGACGAAGCCCGAGGAUGUGAAGAAGCUGGCAGCGAGUGUGAAAGAGAAGUGGAAUGGGAGAUUGGACGUCGUGGUUGCGAACGCCGGAAUCAUCAGCAAGUAUAUCUACGACAGGGAUGAGAAGACUGGAGAAAAGAAAAACCGUCGCCUUCCCAUCGGUAUCGUCGAAGAUGAUGAUGCUGGUCGGGUUCUCGACAUCAAUCUCAAGGGGACUUGGAACACAGCACAAGAGUUCACUCCACUACUCACUGCAAAGGAGAAUCAGUCGAGUGUCAGAGCCUUCGUCGUGAUCACGAGUCUGGCGAGUCAUUUCGCCCAUAGCGAGUUGACGACGGUAUCAUAUAACGUCAGUAAGAUCGCAGUGAAUCGGCUGGUCGAACACCUAUGGAAUGAUCACGGGAAGGAGAACCAAUAUGGACUACAAAGUUUUUCGAUCCAUCCCGGUGCUGUGCUAACACCACAGACGGAGGGACAUAAUAGGUUCGAGGGAGACGUUUGGGAUGAAUGUAAGUCAUCUGAUGUUGAGAAUCCACGCGAAUGGUCAGUCUGA